CAUUGGCAAACGACCUACGUCGAGUACUCGUACAAAAUGGCUAAGUAGUUAGAACCUUGGACCGCAAUCAACGUUUGAGUGACCUUAAUAACCAUACGUAUAUAUGUCCAUGUACGAUAAAGGAAACCGCGAAGUGUCCGCUUAGACAUCCGAGAUCAUCGACGUUCUUAAAUGAGGUUAGGUCUUUAAAACAAGAAUAUGUUUUGUGUAUGUAUACAUGUAUACAUAUAUACAUAUAUACAUAUAUACAUAAUAUAAAUGUCAUAUGUAUCUUUUAUCCAUGCUUCUCGAUUCAACUUUCUCCGUUCAAAUGAAAAUGCAAAUUCACAUUAUUACAUAAAUACAUCUAAUUAUAGACAACUCAUUUAGUAUAUGCAAUUAGUUGAGGAUAUCAAAGAAAUUGACUUUACCGACAAUUGACUUUUACUAUUCGUGCUGCCCUCCUCCUUUAUCAAAAUAACAAGCCGAUAAUGCUCAAAUCUCUAACUGUAGAGUAAAGCGAACAAAGGAGCGCAGUGUGAAACUGAAAUCAACCGCGACUUCAGAGAAGAAAUAUAUUUUUUAUUUAUUGUUACAAAAUAAGAUAAUUUUGCGGAAAGUGUUUCUACGGUAAAAAAAUAAACGUGGAACCGUUUUUCAUGGAUCCGUAUCGAAAGUUGUCUGUCCUAGAUCGCUGCAGGAAAAGUAUAUUAGUUCAAUGUCUUCUACAAUUUGGAUUUGGAAACAAAUAUCUGGCCUUGGAGCAAGAUAUAAUGAUGUGGUAUAUGCACGUCCUAUGAUUUUACAGUCUCAUGAAUUUCUUGUUUACUUUGGUGGCGACAUUCAAGAUUUACAAGAAAAUAUGGUAAAAUGUGUAGAUAAGAAAAAAUACAUGGAGUGGAGUUUGGACAAUACUGCGCGUAUGCUAUCACACAACUUUCCUAAAUAUCAUGUAUUUGUUAUCUGCCCAUCCAGGACAUCCAACGUAUUUAGUUGCUUUGAUAAUUUUGUAAAAUCCAAUGAUUAUGGAAUCCCAACAUUCUCUUCUACAUUCAAUGCUUUAGAAAAUCUUCAAGAGCUUGUUAGAUCAUUCUGCACAAAACUUAAUACAUUGGAUGUGAAUCAGAGUACAAUAACAUAUACUCCUGAUAAAAUAAAUCUAAUGUUAAUGGCUUUUAGUAAAGGAUGUGUAGUAUUAAAUCAAUUUCUGUACGAGUUUCAAUAUUAUCAAUCACAAUCAAUACCUAACACUAGUAUGAUAAAUUUUAUAAAUAAUAUUAAAAGUAUAUGGUGGUUAGACGGUGGUCAUGGUGGUUAUAAAGACACCUGGGUUACAGAUAGAAACGUGCUUGAAUCAUUAGCAAAGUUGAAGAUAGAUAUUCAUGUACAUGUGACACCAUAUCAAAUUCAGGAUACUUCUCGACCUUGGAUCUCUAUGGAAGAAUCUUGUUUUUAUAAUACGCUACAAAGUUUAAAUAUGCCUAUACAACGUAUUGUACAUUUUGAGAAUAAACCACGUAGUAUAAUAAUGCAUUUCAAUAUACUUAAAAUUAUAAGAGAGAUGUAACUCUCUUACUGAAAAUAAAGACUAGAUAAAUAAUGUAUAUAAAAUAUGUAUAUAAAAAUAAGUAUAAAAUAAUGUAUAU